CCUCUUGGAGUGGGUGGUGUGCUCCUGCGGCUCCUGUCGUGUCGCAGGCACACGCACCGUUGGCGGAGCUGCACUUAAAGUGGUCUGAGCAGGUCCGGCAUUGCCCCCACCACUGCGCAGACUGACUGAAGCGACAGGCCCAGCGAGCUGCUCGCUUGAGUUUCCACCAGCUCGGGCCCAUCUUUCUCUCGGCGUCUGGGCCAAACACAUGUAACUCGCAUCUGGCCGCCCAGGUACCCCGCAGCUGACGCCCACCGGUGUCGUCGCCUGGGGCAGGUGCUCAGCGCGGACGAACUCGCGGCGGGCAGAGGCCCAGGCGGCCAGCGGCCUACCCGACCAUCGGAGCCCGCCUCUCGGGCCUCGUUCCCAGCCAGUCCGGGGUCGCCCGCCUAGGGGCCGUCAUCAUGGGCCACCUUCUCUCGAAGGAGCCUCGUAACCGCCCGAGCCAGAAGAGGCCUCGCUGCUGCAGCUGGUGCCGCCGCCGGCGCCCUCUCAUCAGGCUGCCCGGCCGGACUUCGGCCAAGUCGUCCCCGCAGUCGCAGUCGCAGACGCAGUCGCCGUCGGCGUCCCCGCAGAACCGGGACUGCUUCUUCCGCGGGCCCUGCAUGCUGUGCUUCAUCGUGCACAGCCCCAGCGGGCCCGCCCCCGCCGGCCCAGAGGAGGAGCCGCCGCUGUCGCCGCAGCCGCUGCGGGACAGGGCCUACGCCACCCCCCUGCAGCACCUGGAGCCGCGCUACUCGGCCUUGGCGUCCGACGACGCCGCCGCGGCCGCCCGCCGCUUCCUGCUGUCCUCGGCCGCUGCCGCCGCCGCCGCCACCUCCUCGGCCUCGUCGCCCGGGACCCGCUGCAAAGAGCUGGGCCUGGCAGCCGCCGCCGCCUGGGAGCAGCAGGGCCGGAGCCUCUUCAUGGCCAGCAUGGGCCCGUUGCGCUUUCUGGGGCCCCCGGCCGCCUCUCAGCUUUUUCAGGCGCUGCCGCCGCCGCAGGCCGAGUACCCCGUGCCCCCCGAGAUCGUGUGCAAGCGGAAGGGGGUUGGGAAUGCCGACUGCAGCUUUUGCAGGCAGCCUCGCUGCGGCGGUGCGGGCGCUGGCUGCGGCGGGGGAGGAUCUGUUGGGGGAGGUGCCUCUCUGAUGCAGCCGCUGGAUGCAGGAUGCUGCCAGGCCCAGGAGCAGCUCCUGCCACCGCUCGGCUCCAGGCCCGCCUCUCCUGCCUCCGAGUGUGACCUCUUUGAGGACGCCGGAGACGUUUUCCGAGCUGGAGGCAUCGCCCACUGGUCGGUCCAGCAGCCCGAAGGCCGUGACGCAGAUUAUCAGAAGACCUCCGAAAACGCCUGCAGCUAUUUUAGGGAGCCGGUCCCCGAAACCCUCGAUGUUAACCAACUGCCAGGGUCCAUCGUGCUUGAGGUGGAUCUGGAUGAUUAGGCCUAGGGAUGAUAGUUUCCCCGCAACCCCGGCCUCCGCGCCCUCCUGAGGCCUUCUUCCCCUCCCCCCACCGCCCCCCCCCCUGCAUGGAGGAGUGGGGUUCCUUGGCAGCCGGGGAUGCCGAAGGGGAUACUGGGAAGCCACUAGGCCCUGUGCUUAAGGCCUGUUUUGACGCAGAAAAGCUUGGAGUCUGCUGAAUGCCUUGUAGUAGAUUAGGUCUGUUCCCACAAUUCAGGAUUCAUUUAUUGCAUUAGCAAAUCCCGAUAUAGAAGCUAUUAGAUUUCUGUGGAAUAAAUAUAUGCACACUUGAGCAAUUUAUAUUUGGUGGGUAACAACUUUACAUAUUGCUGUUUGAACGUUUUCAAACUGUUUUCAGGUUUGAUAGCUGCUAGUUAGUGCCAAUAGCUUACAAUUAAGCAUGUACCGUGAUCAAUCACUGUAUCAGAGCUUUAUAUAUAUAAACCUCAUGGAUUCCUCCAUUUGAUGCUGUGAGACAAGUGCUGUUAACAUUUACUGUAUUCAAAAAGAAACUGACAUUCCAGUGUUUUGAGACAGAUGGCUUACUCCAGUGAGCCAGGAGGACAAGGACUUCUUGUUUUGUCUUGUGAAACUAACGUUUUGUCUUGUUUUCUCUUGUGAAACCAACAGCCUAGAUGGACUUGAAAAUGGUUGAAUGACUGGUUCAAGGCCACACCCAUAAACUAAAGGGCAAAUCUGGGUCUUGAAGCGGGGAAUUUUGGCCAGCUUGACUUGAAGAAAACCCUGUUGUUUAUGCUGUUGUAUCCCUUCUUACAUCCUUGCCUUUAUAUGCAAUGAACUGUACCAGAAGUCAGAAGUCUUUCAUGUUGGGGUUGGGUCAGUGAAGAAGUGAAGUGCCUGCUGGGAAUUUUGUGUCACUGUCAAUUGCUAAGUAACAUUUCCUGCUUUGUCAGAGCUAGGGACAAAUUUUGUGAUAGUGUAUAUUAAGUUAUUGACUCCCUCCCUUGGUUUCUGUCUUUGUUCCCACACCUUUUCCUGGAGAUAAAUAAGAACUUGAUUUUUCAGUGUGAACCAUAUUUAAAUAAGACUAGUCAGAAAUGACCUUCAGGAGAAUGUGGCUGCUUUCAUUGUUACUGAAUUAACUGCCAAUGAAUUGUAAAUGUUACUGUCACAUCAGUGUACCUUAUUUGAGUAGACUUUUAACAUAUGUGUAACUAUGUACUUGGAUCUGUUUUACUGUGACAUUGAUGCUCUUGUGAACAAUACAGCAAAAAACCAGA